UCUGUUCCGGGUUUCUUCAGUCAGCUGACUGACUGAAGCCACUUCCCUUCUUUAUCUCGAACAGAACAGGACAGUGAUCAUGCGUGGACUCAUCUGUGGACCCAAAUGCGCCGCGUGUGGACUCGUCCUGAGUGUGUGGGGAGUUAUAAUGUUGUCAUUGUUGGGGAUAUUCUUCACCACACACUCAGCUGUGCUCAUUGAAGAUGUGCCUGUGAAAAAGGAUGAUAUCCACCAAGAUGCAAACCCACCUCACAGGAUUUAUGACCUGUAUAACAAAGUAGGCAACAACUGCUUCAUAGCAGCAGCUAUCUAUUUGGUCGUUGGAGCCUUCUCCUGCUGCCAGAUGAGACUUAACAAGCAGAAGGCUUACCUGGUGAACUAGUGCCAUCUGGUGGACUGACAAGCUCACAUGGAUGGAGGAUGGUAUUUGGAUCCCUGCCAUAUUGUCUCAGGGUUUAAUCACAAGCAUCAGGAAAAAAAAAGGACACUUCAAAUUGUGUAAUUAAGAUGAGAGUAACUCUACUACCAAUCACAAGCACUUGAAUGAAAUGACUGCCAAAGAAAACCUACUUGAUUUCAAUAAAUGAUAAUAUUUAA